AUGCCUGAUUUCAGUGGCUACCUCUUCCUCUUUCUCAUAUGGCUGAUCUCCACCAUCUUGAUUCGGACUUAUUUCAAAUCUAAAAGUGAUAAACCUCAUCUUCCACCAAGCCCAUUUGCCCUACCGAUCAUCGGACAUCUCCACCUACUUGCUCCAAUACCACAUCAGGCUUUUCACAAACUUUCACUUCGUUAUGGACCGGUUUUUCGCCUCUUUCUGGGUUCUGUACCUUGUGUGGUGGCUUGUUCACCAGAAAUGGCAAAAGAGUUUCUUAAAACAUAUGAAAACGCCUAUUUAGAUCGACCUCAAAACUCAGCGGUGGCGUACCUGACUUAUGGAUCACAAGACUUCUCCUUUGCUCCAUAUGGAUCUUAUUGGAAAUUCAUGAAGAAGAUAGUCAUGUCACAACUCCUAAAUGGUACAACUCUUGACUUGCUGCUUCCAGUUAGACAAGAUGAGAUUAAUCGUUUCAUGAAGUCACUAUUCCAAAAGGCCAAAAUAGGGAAGGCGGUGGAUCUUGAUGGGGAGUUGGUGAAGAUGUCAAACAAUGUAAUAUCUAGAAUGCUUAUGAGUGAAAGGUGUUCAGAGAAUGAAGAUGAGGCUGGGGAAAUGAAGAAAUUGGUUACUGAGAUAGCCGAGAUUACCGGUAAGUUUAACCUCUCGGACUACAUCUGGAUCUUUAAGAAUCUAGAUGUUCAAGGGUUUAGGAAAAGGUUGAAGGAUAUUCGUAGAAGAUUUGAUGGAUUGAUAGAAAGGAUCAUUAAAGAGCAUGUGGAAUCAAGAAAGCAGGAGUCAGGAAAAGCGAAGGACUUGCUUAACAUUUUACUAGAUGUAGCAGAAGAUGAAACCAUGGAGAUAAAGUUGACAAGAGAGAACAUUAAAGCCUUCAUUCUGGAUAUAUUUGCGGCUGGAACAGACACUUCGGCGAUCACAGUAGAAUGGGCACUAGCAGAACUCAUCAACCAUCCAAACAUAUUGAAAAAAGCAGUAGAAGAAAUCGAUCAAGUGAUUGGAAAAAAACGACUUUUACAAGAAACAGAUAUACCAAACCUUCCAUACCUCCAAGCGAUUGUCAAGGAAACACUACGACUCCACUCUACAGGCCCGAUGAUAUUAAGACAGUCAACAGAAGAUUGUACAGUGGCUGGUUACCAUAUUCCAGCAAACACUACUAUUUUCAUCAAUGUUUGGGCACUCGGCAGAGACCCAAACCAUUGGGAAAACCCACUUGAAUUUAGGCCUGAACGUUUUGAACAACACAACUUGGAUGUGAGAGGACAACAUUUUCACAUGUUACCAUUUGGUAGUGGGAGGAGAAUGUGUCCUGGAACUUCAUUGGCAUUGCAAGUGAUACAAACAACACUUGGUUCUAUGAUUCAGUGCUUUGAUUGGAAGGCUGGGGAAGAUGGAAAUCUUUCUAGUGUUGAUAUGGAAGAGGGACUUGGGAUCACACUUCCUAGAGCAAACCCUUUGGUUUGUAUCCCUGUUGCCCGGCUUGAUCCUAUCCCAUUGUAAUGUAACAUGUAGAAAUCGGUAACCACAACCCAAUUAUCAAUUUAGCUUUUCCAAACGGUUUCUUUUGUAAUGUUAGAACAUAGCAAAAAGGAACAACUACAUUUUCUUCGUAAAA